AUGGAUUCAGCUAAUCAUAUCCACGUAAACGCUUUACGCACCACCACGGGUGAGACACCCACCGGACGGAAUACACUCAACACAUCUUCUCGUCUAUUUGAGAUCGCUCUCCAGGCGACUGUGGCCAACGCAGAUGCAGCUCGCGAAGAGAGUGAACAAAGUGGUUCAGGGAUUCAGCACAAACGUCCCUCGACUUAUGCAAGUCAGACGCGUUCGGUACAUUUGACCCCACAACAGUGGCAACUAUUAAACGAUUACCAUGAACACGAGUUAUUCAUUCGGACUCGUAGUUGGGGGUUUUGUGUGGCCAUAUUCGGGGUCGGUUUAGCUCUGUUUGGUUGUGGAAGUCCAGCGUGGAAAUGGAUCGGCAACGGUAUAUCAACGGCAAGUUCAUUGGUGUUAUACCCAAUUUCAGCAAGUGCCUGUAUUCGCAACCUGAUCAGUGAUGGAGUGAUAAAACUCCCCGGUUGGUCCUCUUCCCAAGAACCAGACAAUCUGGAUGCAAUGCAACGCUACGCGUAUACUUAUUAUCUGACUUGGAUUGCCGCUGUUUUCUUUAUGAGUUCAUUUUUUUGUAUGAACUUAGACCUACUGAUCCAAUCGUUUGUCAAACCAGUGCCUUUUCUUUCGGCCUUGGCAAAUUACUUAUACUGUAGUUUUCGAAGGCGUUCCCGACACCGUUCACGGACAAGUCGAGCCCGAUCAAUUUCUGCUGUGAGCAGCACAAAUCCGCGCGCGGGAACACAACUGUCCACAAGUCCCACAAACCCGAGCAUGGGAGCACACAAAGCUCCCGAUGCUCCAAACGAAUCUCAUCCAACACGAGCAAACCCAAUUCCAGAAAUUCUGCUAAGCAGUUACGAUGAGGAAGCCUCUAUUGAGGGCCAGCCUAUCGACAUGGAAUCAAGCAAGCAUUCGAAACGAAUAUCUCGGACAUCGCACAGUGAAGAGGACAUUCAUGGGACUGGUGAGGAAGGAGACGAAGAAGACGAUGAGGAUGGAGAUGACGAUGAUGCGGAUGGGGAGUGGAUUUAA